GUGUAAAACAUGCCGAAAAUCUUUUUGAUUAAAAAUCGUCUGCAUCAGCAGCAGCAGCGACUGUUGGAGUCGCAGAAUUUGCUGCAGCAUAAGGCGCAGGAUGAUGAGCGUUGUCUGGUGCCGCCGCUAAGUCCGCGCAGCAAUGCGCCCACGCCCACGCCCACGCCUACAACACCGCCAACGCCUACGCCGGAGCCGCAACCAGAGCCGCAGGGUCAAGGCGAGCAGCAGCAGCAGCAGCAGGCAGCACCAACUGCACGCAAACGUUUUCAUCAUCGACGUCAUUAUUUUGGACAAACGCGUCACAGCCUCGAGCUGCUGGAUGCCAAUGUCGAGACUACAACAGCAGCAGCACCAGCAAUUGCAACUGCUGCGUCGUCGUCAAGCCAAGUUCAAAUUGAUAAUACAAACUGCCUAACAGCAGCAGAAGUAUUGCAGCGCCUAAGCGCCAGUUCAAACUCCAACUCCACCUCCACCACACCCACCACCAACAACAACAACAGUAACAGUAACAGCCCCGCAACAGAUUCUAUUAAAGACUGCAACGAGCAUUCGUUAACAGCAACAACAACCACAGCAGCAAUAGCAGAAAGAGAAACAGAAACAGCCAGAGCAAGCAGCAUACCAAAAGAAAACGCACAAAGCCCAAAGCAGCCGCCGUCGUCGUCGUCGUCAGCGCCUGCUGCAGUCGCCGCAGCCGAAAGCGAGAUCGAAGCUGAGGCAGAGGCUGCGCCUGAAGCCGACGCUGAGCCUGAGCCUGAGCCUGAAGCUGACGUUGACGUUGGCAUUGAGCUGCCAAAGCCGCGUUAUUACGGCGCUGGCGUUGUUUUAACGCAGGCCCAACGCAAAGAGUAUCCUUUGGAUAUUAAUAACAGCAACUGCAGCAGCAGCAACAGCAACAACAACAGCAGCAGCAGCAGCAGCGAUAGCGAUGACGAUGACUCCGAUGAUGGCUGCAAAUUGAUUGUGGACGAGAAACCGUUAGUGCCCGUUGAGCAGCCAUUGUCGCUGCGCAUGCGCAGCACUCCACCCACUGCCGCCGAGCGUCCCAGUCCGCCUCCGCCACGCCUACCAGCGCCAGCAGUGCGCUGCAGCGUUAUACAGCGCGCACCCCAAGCGCCGCCGCAAACAGCGCAAGAGCAACUGCAGUCGCAGUCACAGUCGGCAUCGGCGUCGCAGUCGCAGUCACUGCGCGCACUUGAGCUUGAGCGCGAACGCGAGCUGCUCUAUCAGCAGCUAGGACCCGAACAGCAGGAGCCAAUCGAUUACCACGUGCCCAAGCGCGCCGACAGCGACGAGGAGCUGAACGCGCGACGCUUGCAGCGAGCGCGACGCAUACGCGAAGCGCGUCGACGCAGCAGCUAUUUGGCAGCGCGUGUGCUGCAACUGAAUCCGCGCCUGGUGCGCAGUUUGCCUGGAAUUUUAGCUGCAGCAGCGGGUCACGGACGCAGCUCGAGCAGCGGACAGAGUUUUCAAGCUAACGCCGGAUUUAACGGCGGCGCACAGAACUCCGCAAACGGCGGCAGCAGCAGCGGCGGCGGCGCAGCGGGAGGUGAUAGCGGUAGCAGCGGCGGCGGCGGCAGCAGCAGCGGCGGUAGCUUUGGUAGCGGUGCCGGCGGCGGUGGCAUGGGCGGCGGUCGCGACGGACGCGGCAAUUACGGACCCAACUCACCGCCCACUGGCGCAUUGCCGCCAUUUUACGAGAGCCUAAAGAGCGGCCAAAGCGCCGGCGACGCGCAGUCGACGGCAACAGCAACGACGCCGACGCAGCCGCUACUCAACGGCAAUUCAAAUUUUCUUAUACAAAACGCUGCAGCAGCGGCUUACAUUAUGUCUGGCGGUGGUCAGCAGCAUUACAGCAGCGGCGCUGGCAGCGGCAGCGGCAGCAACAAUAAUAAUUGCAGCAACGGUGUGGGAGGAGGAGUAGGUGGUGGUGGUGGUGUUGGUAGUGGUAACGGUGCUGCUGGACUUGACGGUAAUAAUCUUUUGAACUUUGCCCAAGGUCUCGGCAAUGUUAAUUAUAAUGAACUUCAUUCCAAUUCCAAAUUCCAUAAUUCAAUUGCGAAUGCUGCGAAUCCAACAACAACAUUGGGACAUCCAUUUUACGGCGGCAAUCCCUCAGCCUACGGCAUUAUACUGAAAGACGAGCCGGACAUUGAGUACGACGAGGCCAAAAUCGAUAUCGGCACCUUUGCCCAGAAUAUUAUACAAGCGACCAUGGGCAAUGCAGCAGCAGCAGCCAAUGCCGGCGGCGGCUUCAAUGCCAGCGCCUAUGAGGAUGCAAUGAUGUCCGAUUUGGCAAGCAAUGCACAUGGCCAUGGCCAUGCCAAUGGCAGCGGCGGCAACGGCAACAACAACAACGGCAACAAUCAAUGCAACAAUGCGGCUGGCGUUGCUGCCGGCGUCGUUGAUCCGCUGCAGUUUACGGCGACGCUGAUGCUCAGCUCACAGACGGAUCAUCUGCUGGAGCAGCUGUCGGAUGCCGUUGAUCUCAGUUCGUUUUUGCAGCGCAGCUGCGUUGAUGAUGAUGACAAUUCGACCAACUCGCCGCAGCAUCGUCAGGACUUUGAGUUGGUGUCGACGCCGUCGUUGACGCCGGAUUCGGAUGCGCCGGCGCAUGCGUCGCAGCUGGAUGCGCUGCAUGAGAAUCUGUUGACGCAGCUAACCAACAAUAUGCAGCGCAACAGCAGCAGCAACAACAGUCAUGGCUACAGCAACAAUCAGCAGCAGCAGCAGCAACACUUGCAGCAACAUGUGCAGCAGCAGCACUUGCAACAGCCGCCGCCUUCGUAUCAACAUGCCACGCGCAACUUGCUGCAGCUGCAGCACAACAGCAACAACAACAAUAACAGCGGCAACUAUCAUCAGCAAUCAAAUUUGCUUACACAGCAGCAGCAGCUGUUGCAGCAGCAGCAUGCGCAUCAGCAGCAGCAGCAGCAACAACAGCAGCAGCAACAUGCCUAUCAGCAGCACAACUUGUAUGCUCCACAGCAGCAGCAGCAGCAACAUCAUGCGCAGCAGCAACAUCAUUAUCAGCAACAACAUGCGCAUCAUCAUCAGCAGCAACAGCAUCAUCAACAUCAACAGCAGCAGCAUCAGCACCAGCAACAUCAUCAGCAGCUGCAGCAUGGCAACGACAACAGCAAUCUGUCGCUGCCGUCGCCAACAACAGCAGCAGCAGCUGCUGCAGCUGCAGCCGCCGCUGUUGCUGCGCUGCGUCCCAUGUCCAGCAGCAGCAGCAGCAGCUCCAAUCUACUGGACGCCAACUCAGCAGCCGCCGCAGCAGCAGCGCUGCUCGAUACCAAGCCGCUCAUCCAAAGCUUGGGCUUACCAGCGGAUCUGCAGCUGGAGUUUGUUAAUGGUGGACACGGCAUUAAGAAUCCUUUGGCUGUUGAAAAUGCGCAUGGCGGUCAUCAUCACCAUCGCAUACGCAAUUUGGAUUGCAUUGAUGAUCUCAAGCAUGGCCAGCAGCAGCAGCAACAACAUGCGCAGCAGCAACAACAUUCGCCGCAACAGCAAUCGCCACUGCAGCAGCAACAUCAAACUUUGCAGCAACAGCAGCAACAGCAGCACAGCAAUCAUCGCAGCAGCAGCAGCGCCAGCAGCAACAGCAGCAAUCAAGGCGACACACUUUGCAACAACAGCGGCGCCGAAGAUGCCAACAACAAGUUCGUCUGCCGCGUCUGCAUGAAAUCCUUUAGCCUGCAGCGUCUGCUCAAUCGCCACAUGAAAUGCCACUCGGACAUCAAGCGCUACCUUUGCACCUUCUGUGGCAAGGGCUUCAACGACACCUUCGAUCUGAAGCGCCACACGCGCACCCACACCGGCGUCCGUCCCUACAAAUGUAAUCUCUGCGAGAAGAGCUUCACCCAGCGCUGCUCCCUGGAGUCCCAUUGCCAAAAGGUUCACAGUGUCCAACAUGCGUAUGCGUACAAGGAGCGACGUGCUAAGAUGUAUGUCUGCGAAGAAUGCGGCCACACCACCUGCGAGCCUGAGGUACACUAUCUACAUCUGAAGGACAAUCAUCCAUUUUCACCGGCGCUGCUCAAGUUCUACGAUAAGCGUCACUUCAAGUUCACCAACUCGCAGUUCGCCAACAAUUUGCUCGGCCAGCUGCCCAUGCCGGUGCAUAACUAAACUAAUAGCUAACUAAAUAAAUAGUUAAUAGUUGCCUACAAUUAAGCUCACAACUAACUGAAAAAACACACACACACACUAACUAACUAAUUAAACACUUAUUUUUUUUUAUAUUAAUGUAAACUUAAAGCUGUUCAACGUGUGACACUGAAAAGUUUUAUGAAAACUGCCCCACGAAAAUUGCAGAGAUUAUGUUUUGUACAUGUAUAGUUCACAUAUAUCUUAUAUAUAUAUACGCAUACAGACAUGUAUAUUAGGCUUAAGUCAACAAGUUUAAUAUUUUAGUGUAGCUCAAACAUAAAACGACAACAAAAUUCAAAACUUUGCUGUGCAAACAAAAUUUGAAGAAGUUAAAUUUUUUGUUAGUCAAAGUUUAAGGCAAACGCUGCUACUACAUAAAUUAAUUAAGCUUAAUAUUAGUUUUAAAUGCUACAAGCAAGAAAAAAAAAACAUUUGAUGAAAGCCACAAAAAAACACACAUAUAUAUAUAGUUAUAUAUUUUUUCUAGUUUUGAAAUUGCACUUAGCAAACUAUGAACAAGCUGCAAACUUUGCAUUUAUUUACAAAACAACAUACACAUUUUUUAUAAACUAAACUUAAGCACAAAA